AUGAAGUUCGAUAACAAGACUAGCAAUGCGAACAUAAAAAUCGAUUCAGCAUUGGUACAGCGUAAGGAAGUAGUAAAUUUAUAUCGCAGAGCAUCAAAAUAUUUAAAAAAAGAUAACAUUGAAAAAGCGAUCGAAAUAUUUGAAGAAGCAAUAGAUAAGGCAGAUAAUCUAGAGGUUACUUACAUUAAAUUAAAAUAUCAAUGCUUACUUUUAGCUGGAAUUUGUUAUGCGAGGCAAGGUCGACAUAAGGAGGCAUUAAAACGCUUUAAGGAAGCCAUACCAGAAGAAAAGGCUACGGAAGAUGAGCUGACCUUCGAAAUUUACUAUAAUAUUGGCUUAAGCAAACUUUCCCUAAAUUUAUUUUCAGAAGCAAUAAUGUAUUUUGAUCUAGCACUUUGCGGAUAUAGAGAAAUAAAAAAGCUCGAUAUGCAGGCGAUUGUUUUAUCGAAACUUGGAUAUUGCUGGACAAAGUCUGAUAAUUUUAAUCAGGCUUUAACUUGUUAUAAGAAUUCUCGUGAUAUUUUUAGACGAAUAGAUGAUCCAUCGAAUGAAACUCUUAUAUUGGCCGAAAUGGCAUCUCUAUUAGGUAAUUCAGGCCAACUAAAGAAAUGUCUUGCAAUUUUGAAUGAUAUUCGAACUCGUUGUCAAAAAAUACAAGAAGAAGAUAUUUUAUGUCAAAUCUAUUACAAUGCGGGUCUGAUUUAUAACCAAAUAUCAAUGUUUAACGACGCCAUCGACUGUUUUGAACUAGCAAUAGAACACCUCAUAGUUAAUAAAAAGGAAGAAAAGUUCCUUGGCGCAUCUAUUUAUCAAGGGCUUGGUGCAGUACUUAAUCAAAUGGGCAAAUACUCAGAAGCGAUAGCUUAUCAUCAUAAAGCUAUAAAUUUAUUCGAUGAUCUUAAGGACAAGUCGUCUCAAUCUAAGGCAUUCUGCAACAUUGCUUAUGCAUAUGGCAUGUUGGAUAAAACAGAACUAAGCUCUCAGUAUUAUGCUAAAGCAUGUCACGCUGCUACUAACGCUCAUGAUAACAUCAGUGAGAUGGAAGCUAAUGAAGGGCUUGGGGAUAUUGCUCAUCGCCAAGGAAAAUUCGAAGAGGCCUUACUUCAUUAUAAAUUAGCAAUGAAAAUGUUAACGAUAUGUAAAAGAUGGAAUAAUGAUACCUUUGAAAGGAUAACAAAUAAGUUAACGGAUUCUAUUGAACGAAAAGUUGCAUGGAAAAUUUACAAAGACAACGUGGCCAACAUGAAACUUGACGAAAGUAAAGUAAUGUCCGAAUUGUCCAUUCCAAGUCAAAGCCAGUCACCAGCAACUCUCGAUCAUACGUACCAAACUUUACGCCACUUUCAAAUGACGAAAGCUUCAUCAUCUAGUGAAGCACACAUGAAUAAUCCUGACAAUGAAAGCAAUGCAAAGGUGGCUAACCUAGAUAUGUCAGGAUCGUAUUUACAACCGAGAGAGAUUCAUCAUCACAUAGCAAGAGUUGAGAGAAUGAAUUUGGCUAUGGGUACACAAUAUCAAAAUUUAAAACCGGAAAAAAUUGCAGUGGAUCAAAGCAAACAUACCGAUUCACAAGAGAGGCUACUUAGAAAUAAUACUGUUAAUGAUGAUAAAUCGCGCAAAUCAUUGAUGAAAUCGAGAAAUAUCAAUCAUUCUCGUAGUUGUGUUAUUUUAUGA